AUGCAAGCAGACGAGAACUCCCAAUCCGCCGACACCGCGCCAGGGGCCGGGUUGAGAAACCUCCUUCCCAUUCCGGCAGCGGAUCCCGGUGAUGCCAACCAGCGUGACCAAUCGUCAUUCACGACGCCCGGAGAGGGACCGACGCUCUCGCAUGCUCUGGCCACGGACGCGAAACACGACGAGGGGCUGGUGCAGCGAGGUCACGAUAAGGACGUACUUGACCUUGGAUGGAGCGAAAAGAAGGAGGGCAUUGCCGCGCCGCUCGUUCGCGGCAUGGAGAAUGAGCAUCUGUGGCUGCUGCUGCGGCGGUUCAAUAAGCAAAUCUACCAUGUCCAGGCCACCCAGUACCCUCCACCUGGAGGCUUGGACCUGAACAUCGCCGACGAUGAGGAGGCCUCACCAGAUAAACUACGAGCUAAUAUCGAACGCUUGUACAUGACGGUCGGUGUUGGUCUUCUGACCGCCGUCAAGCACAUCGCUCGUUUACGAUCCUGGCGAGAACCCAGGCGGACUACCUACUUCGCAGCGGCCUACUUCACUGCUUGGCUUUUUGACUUCCUCGGCCCCCUUCUCUCGGCUGUUGUUCUGGCUCUCAUUGCCUUUCCUGAAACCCGGAGCAUUUUGUUCCCUCCGGCACCUCUCAGUAUUGUUGACAGCAAGACGGGCGGCGUGCAAAAGCCGAAAGCCGGCUUACUCGGCAGCUAUGACAGCGCCACGGGUGCCCCAGAAAACCACAAGGGCGAAGCGGUGGAACAGGAGGCAAGCAACUUUGUCAGCAGCAUUGCUUCUAUUGCCUUGAGCAGCGCGGCUGGCAAGCACCCCCAAGGAGACCCGGACUUGGAUGAGAAGUCAGCCGUAGUGGCAGCCCCCGACCCGGCUGCUCUCGCCGUUCGUACCGCCGAUGCCAAGGACAAGGCUAGGGGCGAGAACACGGAUGCGAAGCACGACAAAACAAAAGCCCCCAUGGAAGCGGCCAUGUGGGCAAAGAUGUGCCCGAUCAUGCACACCAUCAGCAAUAUCGCCGACACCUGGGAGCGCUUGGAAAAUGCUCUCUCACCCAUCCCAUUCUUCCCUUCCGAAGUAUAUCGGCUCCGCUUCGUUGCUAUUGUUCUUCCCUGCGUGUUUGGCGUCUCGCUGUUUGUAACACCCUAUCUGUUCCUCAAGUCCCUCUCCUUCCUCUUCGGCUGCAUUUUCUUCGGCGACCCCAUCAUCUCUCGAGGCAUGGCCUGGCUCAACCGCACAGUCCCCAACUGGAAAAAACUCCUCGAGCCGCGCAACACAAUCCUCAAAGGCGUCCCAACCAACGCCCAACUGACCCUCACCCUCCUCCGCCACGGCGAAGCCAACCACGCCCCGCUCCCUCCCCCACCGCGCAACACCUCCCCGGCUCCCUCUCAACCAGCAACCCUAACAGACGCCCAUAUCCGCGCAACCGGCGCCGACGCCCCGCUAAACGCCACCCCCUCUGAGCUCAACGCGGCCAUACACCCCGAACCAUCCACCGACUUCCAAACAGUCCCCAACACCAACAACACCGACACCGAUACCGACGCAACCAAGUCCUCACACCACCAUCACAAGGGCAGCAGAAUUAUCAACUUCUUCAAGGGUACCACACGCGGCAUGGUCAAGACAGGCGUCGCGACCGACACUGUUCGUGCCAAAGCAGGCAGCGAGCCAGCCAAGAACCGCCUCGGUGUCAUCCCUCCGCGGCGGGACAUGAACCCUUCCGAACCCGGCGGACCCGUGGAAUUCGAGGCGCGGUAUGAAGGGGACAGGGGGAUGGUGUGUCUGUCUACUUUUGGGGCAACGGUGCCUGUCGUCUCGUUUGCCAAGGCGUCACGAACAGGCGCAUUAGCGAAGAUUAAAGGGGAGGAGAGGGAAAAUGUGAAGCCCGUUUGGAGCGUGCCCGUGUCGAAUAUUGUGGAGCUCAAGAAGGUUGGGGGGUAUGGGUGGAAGGCGAGGUUGGUGGUUGGGUGGGCUAUGGAUAGGGAGGUCAACGAUGGGUUGAUUAUCAAGACUGGAAGUGGGGAGGAGUAUCACAUUACGGCUGUGCCGCUGAGGGAUGAACUGUUUAAUCGGCUGGUCGCGGUGGGUGGGCAGAAGUGGGAGGCUCGGUGA